GUUUCUGAGAUAAAAUCGUUGUGCGAGACAUAGCAUUUAGAUUAUUAAGAUUAAACGUCGAUAAUGUUAACACGUUUCUCGCAUUUUUGGGGGUAUGGUUUGGAGUUCUCACCAAGAACCUCUCAAGCACUCGUGUUGCUUGAUGUGACAAGUGGUUAAAUCAACCAUCAUAGCGUUUUUCAACUGUUAUGAAAAUGUUAUUGCAUUAUGCAUAGCCUUUGACUACACGCACAAUUACAAGAGUAUUGAGUUUGUGACAUUAGUGAGCUUGAGUCGUCAGUAAGUGGGUCAUUAUGUGAGGCCUCCUCAUAAAACUGCCGAGAGAGGGCGCGGGCUUCCCACUGGGUUAAUCUGACAUAAAUCAGGAUCUGAAUAAGAAAAAAAUAACUCCCCGCUUUUCGGUUGUACAGAUCUUUUACUGUUGUCAAGCAGGACUCGAAAUGUAUAACACAUGCUUGUGUUCACAGACAGACACAGAGACAGACACGCUGAAAGACAUACAUACAGACAGACAGACAGACAGACAGACAUACAAAGCGAUUGACGAGUCGACGAGUUAAUAAAUAAACAUUUUCAUGAAAAAGAAAUCGGCAAGAGCCGAUAUUAAAUCCCUAAAUGACAAUCUGUCAUUGUUUUGCCUUGUAUAUGUGGAACUAACGUAAAUAGAAAGUGAAAUAUCCUCUGUUUCCUGACAGAAAUCACUUACUAUUGAGGGGUGAUAACGUGUAGGUAGGUAACUCCAGACCUGUAAGAAACUAUUCCUGUGAAAGGCAGAGGAUUGUCAUGUGUUAUGUUCACUGUUCAUAUAUGCUUCAUUCACAUUGAGGUAUAUUAUUAAACCUUUGGACCGUACACUGGUAAAAGUGUAUUUCGAAAUAUGUUUCUGUUGGUGGGACGGUGAAGUACGAUGUAGAACAGAAAUUAUUCUAUUCCUUCUAUAAUGCUUGCGCUACUUCGUCAGUUCACAUACUUGAAGCAGGUAAGAUUAAAACGAAUUUAGACCUCUUUGGUGAUUUGAAAACAUUAUGUUGAGAGAGUACCCGAACACGUUGAGCGAAAUAGACUAUUGAAAUAUACUCAACAAAGUAACUACGCAAUAAGCCCCAAAUGCGCAUGCGCAGUUGAACACUUUGAACUGCUGUCCUGGCACUACGCCAAUAUCAGCUGCUCUAAAAAUAAAUAUUGAUCAUGAUGAGGUAUUUCAAAGAAUUUAGAAUCUGCAGGAGAAACAGGUUUAGCAAGUUAGGUAAAGGAUUUCCAGUUUCCGUUGCUGCCCACAACUGCGUAUAUUGUGACGAGACAUUUCACACAGAACAUAUACAUACAAUGGAUGCCCAAAGAGGAUCGUCUUUUGUUAGUCUCUUGAUCAUGGCUUAUCUUGUGACAGUGACUUGUGAGUACUUUUAUCUCAAUUUUAGGUUGCUUUCGACUGUCAAAUAAGCGAUUCUCUUGACAGGUUUCUGAGAUAAAAUCGUUGUGCGAGACAUAGCAUUUAGAUUAUUAAGAUUAAACGUCGAUAAUGUUAACACGUUUCUCGCAUUUUUGGGGGUAUGGUUUGGAGUUCUCACCAAGAACCUCUCAAGCACUCGUGUUGCUUGAUGUGACAAGUGGUUAAAUCAACCAUCAUAGCGUUUUUCAACUGUUAUGAAAAUGUUAUUGCAUUAUGCAUAGCCUUUGACUACACGCACAAUUACAAGAGUAUUGAGUUUGUGACAUUAGUGAGCUUGAGUCGUCAGUAAGUGGGUCAUUAUGUGAGGCCUCCUCAUAAAACUGCCGAGAGAGGGCGCGGGCUUCCCACUGGGUUAAUCUGACAUAAAUCAGGAUCUGAAUAAGAAAAAAAUAACUCCCCGCUUUUCGGUUGUACAGAUCUUUUACUGUUGUCAAGCAGGACUCGAAAUGUAUAACACAUGCUUGUGUUCACAGACAGACACAGAGACAGACACGCUGAAAGACAUACAUACAGACAGACAGACAGACAGACAGACAUACAAAGCGAUUGACGAGUCGACGAGUUAAUAAAUAAACAUUUUCAUGAAAAAGAAAUCGGCAAGAGCCGAUAUUAAAUCCCUAAAUGACAAUCUGUCAUUGUUUUGCCUUGUAUAUGUGGAACUAACGUAAAUAGAAAGUGAAAUAUCCUCUGUUUCCUGACAGAAAUCACUUACUAUUGAGGGGUGAUAACGUGUAGGUAGGUAACUCCAGACCUGUAAGAAACUAUUCCUGUGAAAGGCAGAGGAUUGUCAUGUGUUAUGUUCACUGUUCAUAUAUGCUUCAUUCACAUUGAGGUAUAUUAUUAAACCUUUGGACCGUACACUGGUAAAAGUGUAUUUCGAAAUAUGUUUCUGUUGGUGGGACGGUGAAGUACGAUGUAGAACAGAAAUUAUUCUAUUCCUUCUAUAAUGCUUGCGCUACUUCGUCAGUUCACAUACUUGAAGCAGGUAAGAUUAAAACGAAUUUAGACCUCUUUGGUGAUUUGAAAACAUUAUGUUGAGAGAGUACCCGAACACGUUGAGCGAAAUAGACUAUUGAAAUAUACUCAACAAAGUAACUACGCAAUAAGCCCCAAAUGCGCAUGCGCAGUUGAACACUUUGAACUGCUGUCCUGGCACUACGCCAAUAUCAGCUGCUCUAAAAAUAAAUAUUGAUCAUGAUGAGGUAUUUCAAAGAAUUUAGAAUCUGCAGGAGAAACAGGUUUAGCAAGUUAGGUAAAGGAUUUCCAGUUUCCGUUGCUGCCCACAACUGCGUAUAUUGUGACGAGACAUUUCACACAGAACAUAUACAUACAAUGGAUGCCCAAAGAGGAUCGUCUUUUGUUAGUCUCUUGAUCAUGGCUUAUCUUGUGACAGUGACUUGUGCAAUCAGUCCCGGGGGGCUUCUGGCUCUAAAAGCCUUUGGAAAACUUGGACCUGAUUUCCUGUCAUCUUUACUCUCCGGCGGUCUACUGGGUCUCAUAUCCUCACCUGGUGAUGACAAGAUGGACACAAUUUUAGAAAAACUACAGGAAAUUGAAAGAGAGUUAGGACAAGUACACAAUUCCAUAGAAGAAUUGAAGGCACUAUCCACAAGGUCUCAGGCAGAACAAAUUGAAAGUAGACUGAUGGGUUAUUUUGAGCGACUCAUGACAAUUACCAAAGCGGUGAAAACUUAUCAUGACAAUAAAACCGAACAAGUAAUAAAUGAUACGGCUACAGAACUGUCACUACAACGGAACAUCGAUGCAUUGAAAACAGAACUGCAUGACGUUCCGGAUCUGCUGUAUUCGUAUCAUCGCAUAAUAAUAGGAAAGACUGUGUCAUCUGGGGGAAGUUCCCCUGGUCUGGCUUGUUACUUCAUUCGACACAUCACCAGUAAAUACAAUGUAAAAGAGAUCCUGGUGAAGGAAUAUGAAUUCCGAGGUUCCUUGAUGAAGUUGCAGGCUCAGUCAUUUCAACUGUACAAAAGCACAUGUACAAACCACGAUCUGGUGUGCAAUGAAAGCGGCAACGCCUUCGAGACACAUCUCGAAGCUCAGGAAAAGAGGUUCCGGGAGUGUCUGCUAUAUAAAUUGGAACAAAAGUACCAAAACACACCCUGCCCCACACCUUCAGCUGCUACGAUGCUCUCGGUCAACAGUUUGCUGGCACCCCUUGUUCUCCUCAUCAUUGUGUGGAGCAGGCACCGACUCCUGUAAAUCUCUUUCUUUGACAAAGAAAAACGUUUUCUGUCAGUUUUAAAGAAACGUGAUGAAAAUUGUGAAAAUUGCCAUUGGGAAGGAAACUAAGAAUUUUUCAAGGGUCUGGUUUUCCGACAUAUUCUAUAAAACAUGGAAGUUGUGACUGCUAUUUUUCAUCUAUCGAAUUAGUAAAUUAAACAGCCAGACAGAUAUAGGCUUACGCAUUUCGAUGAGCUUUGGGUAUGGUUGGGUGUAAUAGAGGGGGAAUGAGGUGGGAAGGUGGUUGGGAUGGGGUGGAAGAAUGGUUGGAAUGGGGUGGGGUGGGGUAAGAUGGGGUAUGUAGGAACGAGAAAGGUUCAUCUCCAGCCAUUACUUACUAAGUGAUAUAUUACAUGUGUGAGACGCGACCAAGAGAUGGGAUGUUCGGUGAUAGGGUGCAGUAAUAUGUGAUAUCAGAGUAAGGGGAGGGGAUGUUCGGUGAUAGGGUGCAGUGAUAUGUGAUAUCAGAGUAAGGGGGAGGGGAUGUUCGGUGAUAGGGUGCAGUGAUAUGUGAUAUCAGAGUAAGUGGGGAGGGGAUGUUCGGUGAUAGGGUGCAGUGAUAUGUGAUAUCAGAGUAAGUGGGGAGGGGAUGUUCGGUGAUAGAGUGCAGUGAUAUGUGAUAUCAGAGUAAGGGGGAGGGGAUGUUCGGUGAUAGGGUGCAUUGAUAUGUGAUAUCAGAGUAAGGGGGGAGGGGAUGUUCGGUGAUAGGGUGCAUUGAUAUGUGAUAUCAGAGUAAAGGGGGAGGGGGUGUUCGGUGAUAGGGUGCAGUGAUAUGUGAUAUCAGAGUAAGUGGGGAGGGGAUGUUCGGUGAUAGGGUGCAGUGAUAUGUGAUAUCAGAGUAAGUGGGGAGGGGAUGUUCGGUGAUAGAGUGCAGUGAUAUGUGAUAUCAGAGUAAGGGGGAGGGGAUGUUCGGUGAUAGGGUGCAUUGAUAUGUGAUAUCAGAGUAAGGGGGGAGGGGGUGUUCGGUGAUAGGGUGCAGUGAUAUGUGAUAUCAGAGUAAGGGGGAGGGGAUGUUCGGUGAUAGGGUGCAGUGAUAUGUGAUAUCAGAGUAAGUGGGGAGGGGAUGUUCGGUGAUAGGGUGCAGUGAUAUGUGAUAUCAGAGUAAGUGGGGAGGGGAUGUUCGGUGAUAGAGUGCAGUGAUAUGUGAUAUCAGAGUAAGGGGGAGGGGAUGUUCGGUGAUAGGGUGCAGUGAUAUGUGAUAUCAGAGUAAGGGGGAGAGGGUGUUCGGUGAUAGGGUGCAGUGAUAUGUGAUAUCAGAGUAAGGGGGAGGGGAUGUUCGGUGAUAGGGUGCAGUGAUAUGUGAUAUCAGAGUAAGGGGGAGGGGAUGUUCGGUGAUAGGGUGCAGUGAUAUGUGAUAUCAGAGUAAGGGGGAGGGGAUGUUCGGUGAUAGGGUGCAGUGAUAUGUGAUAUCAGAGUAAGGGGGGAGGGGGUGUUCGGUGAUAGGGUGCAGUGAUAUGUGAUAUCAGAGUAAGGGGGAGAGGAUGUUCAGUGAUAGGGUUUCAUAAAAAUGGUAUCUAACGAGAAUGAGUGUAGUAUUCUCUACAUAUGUCUCUACCUAAGAGUCUGUAUUUUUGACCGAAAACGUGGUAAAUGGGACGUUUAUAUAUCGAAUGUGCAGUGUAGUUGUUUUACGUUCGCUUGUGUCUUUAUUACAAGACGGAUACAAGUAUGUUUGGUGAUAACGGCUUUUAAAUGGUACCAAAUUUCGUUGACGACCCGACGAUGUCAGAAGGAAGGAAAGAAAAUAGCUUUUGACAUAAGAAAAUAGUCAUUUUUCGUUCGGAGCCAAACGUAUUGAAGGUAUUCUUAUAAGUUCCUGUGUUCAAUAACAGGUGUUAGGAAGAGGUUUCCUCACUCUUCAGUGAGGAAGGGUCACGGGUGGCACAGUCAUCUUGAGCGCCGCAAUUGGCCUUGCAGAUCAGAGUUGCGUUCCUAAUGAACCUGAGCUUGUCACCGCCUAAUCCGUGAUGGAGUGUUCCUUUAAGUGGUAAAGACAAGUGUCGCUUUGAAAUUUCUUUCCAAAUUACGAAGGUGGGGAUGGCUGAAAUAUUAUUCAGAGAGAUAAAACUAGGAAUUAUCCCUUUAUGUGGUGUGUUUUACAUCUGUGUUUUACUUAAAUUUAUUGCUCAAAGGCCUUAUUGCAUAAUUAAUGAAAGUGCCUUCUGGCUGUUUUUUGUGUGUAAAUAUUAGAAAACGGGAAAAAGUGACGUCUUACAGUAUUAUGUAACUACACAUGCCAUAUGUCAACGAUUGGAUGUAGUGAGAAGUUACAUAAAUUAUGAAAUGCGGGAAUAUUAAAAACAUGUUAAAGGUCAAAUUGAUAACGCCCUUCGGACAUAGUUCAGAACCAGUAUCUCUUGUUGUCCUGGUCAGUUAGAGUUAGGCAAAGAAAUUGACGAGGUUGACACCUGAAUCCGUAUCUACGGCUAUGUCCACCAUCAACUCUUGUGGAAUCAGACGUACCACGUAUACAUCCGUGGGAUACCAGCAAUUGAUUAACUAUUCUUCUUCAUACUAAAUUUUACUUGAACAUAUCGUUAUUAUCAAUGCCUCGCUGGUCAAAGAUAACUAUUAAAGUGUGUCGUUAUAGCGUCACUAAAGUUAACAAUAAAACUGUUUCUCCUUUUAAAUCUGAAAAUGAAAUCUGUAGUGGCUAGAAGAGGUAUAAAUACGGACGACAGCCAUUCACACAUCACGUUGUGGUUGACAAGGGAUCUCACUGUCGUUUCACUGAGGUCAGGAACGUUUACUGUCUUGUACCAUGUUACGUCUUACCUAUAUCCUGUUUCCCUUGACAAUACAUGUAAGUGCAUGUGGUAAAUUGAACAUGUCAUACCUUUGCGAAUACUUCAAAUCUUCCCGUUGUAAUACUGCUGUGAAUCGAUUAUGUUAGUCCUUUAUUAUGUUGUUUCCAUUAGAAUAUGUUCUGUAACUAACACAGUCUAUAUCUUGUGUGCAUGCCCACUGUAACUAAUGUAGUUAGUUAGAGUGUGUCGGGUGUACUAUAUUCAAUCACUAUUCAAUAUAUGUAAAUUUGUGUAUAAUAAUGAUCCUGUUAUGUAUAAUUCAGUAUGUACCAACCACCAUCAGUUCUUCUACACCUUGUUCAUCUAAUGUUCGUCGUCCAUAUCUGCAUCUAUAAUUGAUUGUUAACAUUCUGUAAUUGAUGGUAAGCAUUCUAUUUUUGACUGCUAUCACCCGUAAAAGAUUUACGUUAAAAUUGGCAGACACGAAAUGGAAGUAAACUAGUAACAGCGGUCAAAAAGGGUCGAGUAAAAUAGUAACAGCGGUCAAAAAGAGUCGAGUAAAAAAGUAACAGCGGUCGACCCUUUUUGACCGCUGUUACUGUUUUACUCCACUUUUUUGGACCGCUGUUACUAUUUUACUCGACCCUUUUUGACCGUUUACCGUUCGACACCUCUGACAGCUUACAUUUUCAUUGCAAUUAGUUUGUGUACAUGUAGAUAAAAGGUGUUGCAACUACAGAAUAUGAACAAUUUUCCACCUUAUUGUAUGUGUUAAAACUUGGCACCGAUUGGUUCAUUCCUCUAGCUUCUAUGCGUGUGAGCUGUUUAGCGGCAUACGUGGUAAAGAGACUAUUCAGAAUGAGAAUACCCAACGGCACUUUGCAAGAUUCAUUCAAAGUCUGGACCAAAAUCUUCAUAGACCAUAGCGAAUCUAGGAAUGUGGACACAAACAGGAUUCAUAUACAAAUGCAGGCUACUCCUCCUCGGAAGACUGUGGACAAACGCAUGCUACUCUGCUAUGAAACAUAAUAUGUGCCUACUUAGCCUCAGUCAAUGCUCAUGCUAUCAAAACUAGCGCUAGCAUAUGUGACACAUUGAUAUUAACUGCUUGUAAAUAUAACCUUUAAAUGUCAUUUUGAACUUUAUCAUUACUGAAAUAUUUCUUUGCGAAAUUGAACGGAUAAGAAUUGUAUGUGAUGCAAUAUCCUUAAAUGAGGAAGAUCGAUGGAAACUCACAUUGUCCCUGAGAGAGGAUCUGGUCAGAUUCAUGUGAAUUCGCUGAAAGAACUUAAACUACAUAUAUUAUGGAGACUGGCACUUACUUAUCCUUAUGUUAAGUAUUGCAUCCAAUACUUUCUUAAGAUAGCUUCCAGACCCAUUACAUCAAGAGAAUGUUUUAAAUGUGGCAUACAUACCUUUGAUUAUGACAGGCAUUUUACACCGUGAAUAUUUUAUAAAUGAUCGAAAUUAAUUCUUCUCCAUCUUUAUUAACAAACAGGAUAUUGUAAGUUAAGUUAAACUUCUGGAAGAGAAUGAUAUGCUCGCACUAUCCUGGGGCUCAGUGAAAAUACAAUCUAGAGUAAUGAACCAGCGUACUUGGGAAAGUAUAUCAUUAAUAUUCUGUGAAUAUAUCAUAAUUUCUUUUUUUUUUUAUUAUAUUAAACAUAGUUUACUUAUGUUGUAUCACAAUAGUUCUCAUUUGUCUAUAUAGUUGAUGAUGGAUAUAUAUUAAUAUUCAAUUGGUUAAUAAUGCACAUAUUCAUGUAAAUACUAGCACCACGCAUUUGCUUUGAGUAUAUCAGAAGACAUGAUUUUGCAACUGGGUUGAAGUUGAAAUUUGUACGACUUUAGAGGAAUGGGGAGUCUUCGUUAAUAUCGUGAAAACUUACUGCGGUCGAUAUUUACUUAUCACUGAAAAAAGUUUUGACUCAGAUGUCUCUUCGUAAAUUAUACGGGAGAUAAUUUUGUCUGUGAUUUUACGUUUAUUUAUUGCUUAAAAGUCUUAUUUUGUGAUAAAUGAAAGUGCCUUAUGGCUGUUUUGUAAAUAUUAGAAAAUAGGAAAAGUAGACGUCUUACAAUAUUGUAUGACCAUACAUGCGAUAUGUCUAACUGACCAGGGCCCACCUGCACAAAGCUAUCUCAGCGCUACGACUGUCUUAAGUCUAUGUUAGAGUAUGGGAGAUACGACCAUCGUAAGAUCGCUUUGUGCAAGAGGGUCCAGGUCAAUAUGUAUCAACCAUUGUCAGUCCUUCUACAUCAUGUCCAUCUGAUGUUCGUCGUACAUAUCUGUAUCUGUAAUUCAUUGUAAACAUUCUAUAAGUGAUUAUAAGCAUUAUAUUAUUGACUGUUGACACCCCUUAAAAAGACUUAAGUAAGAAAUGGUCGAGUAAAAUAGUAAGAGCAGCCAAAAAGUGUCGAUUGAAAUAAUAACAGCGGUAAAAAAGGGUCGGGAAAAAAUAGUAACAAAACGGGUUAUGCUUAACUCGACCCCUUCGUGUUUACUGUUCAAAACCUUAGAUAUUUUCAAUCUGAAUAUUUUGUGUUGCAGCUUCAGAGUAUUAACAAUUUUGACGAAGAUUGUGAAACCUUUCAGAAAAAAAAUAUAUUAAUAACGUCACUAUUGAGUGAAUGCAUAUGUUUUAGCGACCAGUAGAUGUUAGAUCGUCAAAAAGGAGAAAUAACAUGGCCAAAAUUUCUCUAUCAGCUACAACUUAAUAACAUGUGUGUUAGCAGACAUGAUUUGAAUCUGAGUUGAAGUUGAAAUUUGUAUUACAACAGCGGAAUUGGACAUUUUGGUUAGUGUCACGAACACACGCUCACUAAGUAGCGUAGGCCAGAGGCCCAUGCUACAUCGAAGUGAAUACAGAAAUGAGAGAGAUAUAUACAUGAAACAAGACAGGUUGUACAUAAACACGAAGAUCUGAGGCGCAGAGCUUUGUAGUCUAAGUGGCUAAGUUUUGCAGGGUAGACACUUUCACUGAAGAUAGUAGCAAGUUAAACUUAUGUUGGGAUGGAUUUACAUAGAAUUACAUAGGUAUAUGCUUAUAUAUUAGUAUCUACACUGCAUAUUAGAAUACAAUGAUAUUCGUC